AUGGAAGAUCAAAUAGUUGAUGAGGAUGACACUAAAAGCUGCGUAGUGAACAUUUAUCCAUUAACGGGUUACUACUUUGGAUCAAAAGAUGCUAUUCUUCCUAAACACCAUACCUACUUUGAUCAAAUACAGAAAUUGAAAUCCAAUUAUUCAACUAAUGGGAUGAGGGUUUGUGUGGAAGCAGUUAUGUUGGUUGAAUUGUUUAAACAACCUCAUUUGCUAGUGUUGCAAAUGAGAAAUUCUUUCUUUAAGCUUCCUGGUGGUCGAUUAAGACCCGGUGAAUCAGAGAUUGAAGGAUUGAAGUGCAAACUGUCGCACAAGCUAUCUUACAAUGGAAAUGAAGUUGAUGAUAAUUGGGAGGUAGGAGAGUGUCUUGGAACAUGGUGGAGAUCUGACUUUGAAACUUCCCUAUGCCCAUCAUUGCCUCCUCACAUGAAUAGCCCAAAGGAAUGCUUAAAGCUCUUUCUUGUUAAAUUGCCAAGGAACAAGAGUUUCAUUGUUCCAAAGAAUCAAAAGAUUCUUGUAGUUCCACUUUUCCAAGUUCAUGACAAUUUUAAGACCUAUGGCCGGAUUAUUUCUGCACUUCCAAGUUUACUAUCAAGGUUUUCAUUCAACAUGGAUAAUCUUUGAAAUCCUUUUACUUGGUCGCUACUUUGUGGGCUCAAUGACAUGAAUAUGUCAAUGUACCUUCUAUUACUAGCUGGUGAGAUGAUAGCUGGAAGUUGAUUGCUUAGAAGUUCGCCUAGAAUAGAAAAGAAAUAAAAGUAUGCUCUUCUUUUUUGUAAAUAAAAGUAAAUAGUGUGUUGAUCUUAGGUUUACCGUUUAGCAUUUUAUUCUAGAAUCUAGACUUGUAAUUGUGGAUACAUGUACUUUGGAAAGUAAAGGAUCGAUGAACUUUGCAUA